GUUCUGCAAGAGAUUCAGAGACUCGGCAACGAAAACGCUCGUCUGGAUAUGAACCAGAACGAUCGACUGGAUGACUUGGCGAAGUCCGUCGAUGAGGUUCGUAAGACUGUUCGAGAGCGACUAGCUGCUGUUGCUACCAAAAUCGAUCUUGAUCAACUCGCAAACGAAAUUCACGAUCUUGCUUCACGAUGUACUCAGAUUGCAAGAGAACAACGGUUUUUGAUAAGCUUACACUAUUCGUACAUGUACUCCCGAGUGACGAAUGUUGCCCGCGCUCAUCUCAAGACCUUUGAUUGGAUAUUUGAACCGGACUGUGACGUCGGCUUUGUCGAAUGGUUGAAAAACGACGACGGAAUCUAUUGGAUCUCGGGGAAGCCCGGCUCAGGAAAGUCCACGCUUAUGAAGUAUCUUUAUGAUCACCCGAAGAUGCUGGAAUCAUUGAAGCACUGGGCCAAAGGAACCGAGCUUAUCACUGCCAGCUUUUUCUUCUGGAGUAUUGGUACACAAAUGCAGAGAACCCAAGAGGGCUUGCUGCGCUCCUUGAUCUUCUCGAUUUUAAAGCAAUGCCCGGAUCUCAUCUCCCAUGUAUGCCCUGCUUCCUGGUCUUUUGAACAAGGCGAGGUCUUCUCGGAGGAGUUCUGGACCCUCGACCAACUCCGAAUCACCAUGAGCGAGAUUGUGCUACAGCAAGAUACAUCCUCGAAAUUCUGUUUCUUCAUAGAUGGCUUGGAUGAAUACGGGGGCCAGCAGUCCGAACUCGUCGAAACUUUGAGCUUUUUGACAAGCUCCCAAUCUAUAAAGAUAUGUGCCUCAAGCAGGCCCUGGAACAUCUUUGAGGACGCUUAUGGGAAUAGACCUUCGCGGAAACUAUACCUGGAGCAACUUACACGUGGAGACAUUGCGCUAUUCGUCCGGAGCAAGCUUGAAGAGCAUACUCGGUUGGCGAUGCUGUCUUUGGAAGAUGUUGGUGUCGACGAGCUUGUUAAUGACAUCGUGAAACGAGCCCAAGGGGUGUUUCUAUGGGUAUAUCUGGUUCUUCUAUCACUUUGUGAAGGGUUGACUAACGGCGAUGAUGUGAGCCUCCUUCAAGAUCGUCUGAAUUUGAUCCCAUCGGACCUGGAAAUGUUCUUUCGCCUCAUCCUCGACAGUGUAGAACCAGUCUACAAAGACAAGAUGGCCCAGACCUUUCAAGUUGUGCUACACUCAAAUGAGCCACUGACCCUGAUCACGUUAUCCUUCCUGGAUCAAAGGGAUUUGGGGUCGCGACUUUUAGAUCCGGUAACAGCCAUGGACAGCUAUGAAAUAUUUGAUCGACAUAACAAAACACGGAGACGCAUCAACGGUCGCUAUAAAGGAUUGCUGGAGGUUAUGCUUGUCCCGUCGGCAACCGCUUUUACAGGGUAUAGGGUCGACUUUUUUCACCGGACAGUCCAUGACUUUAUCCGGCUUAAUGACAUGCAAAAGUUUCUUAGAAGCCAUCUACCGGAAGGUUUUAGUGCUCACAAAGCCAUCUGCAAAGAUAAUCUUCGAGCGAUGCUAUCCAAUUUAAUGUUCCACGCAAGGAUGCUAGAGAUUGAAACUAGCGCAUCCCCCACUGAAAUCCUCGAGGAAGUCCAAUCUACAAUCGAGGAAUUGUACGAGGUGUAUAGAGUGCGCGUGUGUAAAAAUUUCAUGGAAUUGGCGAUCCAAUCCGGCUUGCAGUUCUAUGUGUGCAACAGAUUGAUCGAAGAGCCACGAGAAGUACGACACUACCUCUCUCCGUUUUUUCGGAAGCUUCUCCGGUCUCUGCACAUCUCUUCUCCGCACCGCGACCAAUUCUCCACUAUACCCGACAUGAUCGAAUUUCUUCUCAGCCAAGGAGUAAAUCCUAAUCAUGCACUGGGAUCGUCAACUACAUUCGGCGAAUACUGCCUGGAGAUUAUCAAUCCCAUGGAGAUUCCAAGUGAACAACUGGUCCAGAACAGCGAACUCAUCGCGCAACAGUACUACGUCCUAACAAUCCUUCUCCGUUACAGUGCCGAUCCAAAUGCGCAUUGCACACCAUAUGCGACCAUUUGGGAAACAUUCCUGCGAAAUCUGCAUAACAAGGGUCGGCGAAAAUCAGAUGCCCACCAGAAGAUUUUAUUCAAAAUCAUGCAAUGCUUACUAGCUCAUGGCGCGGAUCUGGAUGCGACUUCUCGCGCCGAGGGGACCGCAACGCGCUACACGGUCCCCCAAGUCAUACGCUCGGCGUUCUUGGAAUCCCGAAGCCAGACUUUACUCCGCACUUUCAAAUCCAAACACCGACAGUCUAGAAGUUGCAUUAGUUUUCUAGCCGCGUUCUCGGGGGGUAUGACAAGAUCUGCGCAGUUCGCGAGGAAGGUAUUGAAUAUGGCGUGGCUAUGGUGGAACCCACCGCCCCGAAUCAUUCUGGAUGAAAUGCCUUCCGACAACAUCGUUGACGAAGUAGAUGGAGCUGUUAUCCGGGGUCUCUAUACUGGAGAAAGGUGGCUGCAAGAUUCUGGACCGGAAAGGGAACGAUAUCAUGACUGA